AUGGCGGAGGAUAUUCCUGCGGACAAAAUAGAAGCAAUAACGGGGCUUGAUGAUGAUAAGGCCUCGGGGGAGCUGGUGAACGCUUCAGGUCACCGCCAGGAGCUCGAGCGCAACUUCAGUCUCUUGAGCAUCUGUGCCAUUGCAGUCACGACGGGAAACACCUGGAUCGCUCAAGGAGGCAGUGUGACGGUCAGCAUUGCCAAUGGAGGACCCGCGGGAGUGAUCUACGAGUUCAUCGCGGUAUCGGUUUGUUACUGGUUAGUAGCCGCGUCGAUUGCUGAACUGGCAUCUGCCAUCCCGUCAGCUAGUGGUGUCUACCAUUGGGCCACUGUCACUGCGGGCAAGUAUGGUCGGGUCUGCGGAUGGUUUGCCGGGUACUGGAAUACCCUGGCGUGGAUCUUUGGGGCCGCCUCCAUGUCGGCAAUCUUGGGAAACCAAACGGUUUCCAUGUAUGCUCUGUUCCAUCCCGACUUCACCCCCCAUCCAUGGCACGUGUUCGUGAGCUUCAUCAUCUGCACGUGGAUCUGCUGCGCGACCGUUCUCUUUGCCAACCGGGCCCUCCCGCACAUCGGGAACCUGGGCAUGGUGCUCAUUCUGGCCGGUGUGUUCGUCUCCAUUAUCGUUUGCGCCGUGAUGCCCCAUGUCAAUGGCGUUGGCUAUGCCUCGAAUGAAUUUGUCUGGCGCAGUUGGUCCAACAGCACCGGCUAUUCGAGUCAGGGCUUUGUGUUUGUCGCUGGUAUGCUCAACGGUGCCUAUAGCGUAGGCACUCCGGAUGUGACCUCUCAUCUGGCAGAGGAAAUCCCAAGACCCAGCAAGAACAUCCCUAAGGCUGUACUGGCUCAGAUGACUGUCGGUUUCAUCACGGGCUUCCUCUACAUGAUCGCCCUCUUCUACUCAAUCCAGGACCUCGAUAAGGUUGUCAACAGUGUGUUUAGUUUUCCUCUGGCUGAAAUCUACCGCCAAGCAACCGGGACGAGAGGGGGUGCUCUCGGCUUGUUGAUCGUUGCGUUUCUGCCCACUCUGAUCACCUGCAUCGGCUGCUACAUCACCGCCGGCCGAACUCUCUGGACGCUUGCGCGGGACAAUGCCACCCCCUUCAGCGGCUGGCUUGGCCGCAUCAACAGCAAGAUGCACAAUCCGUUCAAUGCAACGCUGGUCUGCGGCCUGCUCAUCACGGUCCUUGCAUGCAUCUAUGUCGGCUCGACCACUGCUUUCAACGCCUUCGUUGGCUCCUAUGUCCAACUCUCGACCCUCUCUUACUUUGCGGCCAUCUUCCCUCACGUCCUGAACCGUCGUUCGCUCAUCACACCGGGAUACUUCUGGAUGAAGGGUCCAAUCGGCUACAUCGUUAACAUUCUGAGUUGCAUCUACAUCUUAGCUUUCAUUGUCAUUUUCUGCUUCCCUGCUUCCCUUCCUACCAAUGCGCAAUCCAUGAACUACGCGAGUUUGAUCACUGGCGGUUUCACCAUUUUCAUCGCCGCCUGGUGGUUCGUCCGGCAGCGCCACUACCAAGGACCGCAAGUCAUCCCACUGACCGAUCGGAAAAUCGCUGAAGACGCAAAGUGA